CUUGAUUACAUUUCCUGGGAGAUGUUCGGUGCAAUAAUCUCAUCAUACAACUACACCCAGGCACGUUCGAUAUGUCUAUUAGUUCGACCAUGAUUCUACCCAUGCUAAGGUAGGACUUGGACAUCAGCUCUCCACAAGACCACCAAAUGCACACCGAGUCAGCUUAGCUACGUUGCAGCCCAACAGAUCAGAGAAGCAUGAUUAAGCUGCCAGCUCGCCAAAGUCAAGCCCCCACGCACUCCCCACGGAAUAUAGCAGGCCAGGGUCUAGGAAAGGACAGCCCAAUAUGUUAGCUUAAAGGCUUCCCCACGGCCACAAUGCGGAGAACAGCCCACUUCCCCAGAUUCCACCGUCUGAGGCACCCCCACGUACUUGGCUCAACGAUGGGGACUAAACGUCACGACCGACAGAUCAGCGCCUACUAGCACUAUAGAGCUUGUUGGCAGCGGGUGGAGAAGGAUAAAGCCCAAUGUCCCUCAUACACACUUGACCUCCGUGGAGGCAACGGAAUCGGCCACCAUAAAGCAUAGCAUGAGUGCAGAACAGCCAACCCCAGCUCCUACUCAACCAGCUGGCCAUGGGAACAAACCCUCUGCGAUGCACGUCGGGGCAAUCCCUGGACAGCCUGGUAAGAUUCAGAAUGGUGACACUGCCUUGGCUCUCUUUGAGAACUUCGAUGAAUUGCACGAAGAUAUCGACCCAGAGGAGCUAAAGCGGCUUGUUCGCAAGAUUGAUUUUAUGAUUCUGCCCUUUCUGGCUGUUUGCUAUGCGUUUUACUAUAUUGAUAAAACUACUCUUUCAUACGCGGCCAUUUUUGGCAUUAAUGAAGAUCUGGGUUUGUCAGGAGAGCAAUACUCGUGGUUAUCGAGUGUGUUCUACUUUGGGUUCCUGGUCUGGGCCCUUCCAACCAACUUCCUGAUGCAGAAGUUCCCCGUGGGCAAGUAUCUAGGUGUCAACAUCUUCCUCUGGGGCUUCUUCCUCAUGCUUCAAGCGGCCGCAAAGAACUUCGUCCAACUCGCCGUGCUCCGCGUAAUCUCCGGUGCAGCAGAAGCAUGCAGCGAUCCUGCUUUCAUGCUCAUCACAAGCAUGUGGUACACCCGCCGUCAACAACCCAUCCGAAUCGGACUCUGGUAUACCGCCAACGGCUUCGGUAUUGCCCUCGGCGGUCUCCUCGGCUACGGCAUUGGACACAUCAAAGGCGCCCUCUCCUCCUGGAAAUACGAGUUCCUGAUCAUCGGAGCCCUAUGCUCUCUCUGGGGUAUCCUGAUAGUAAUAUUCCUGCCCGACUCGCCGGUGACAACGCGGUACCUAUCGCCCCGUGAGAAACGCCUCGCUGUAGAACGACUGCGAGAGAACCAGACAGGUGUCGAGAAUAAGACUCUCAAGCCUGCGCAGAUCUAUGAAGCUUUCCUGGACUGGAAGGUCUGGGUGUUUCUCCUCCUCGGAUUAUCAGGAAAUAUCCCCAACGGGGGUAUCUCGAAUUUCGGGACGUUGAUUUUGAAGGGAUUUGGGUUUUCUACUUUGGUAACAACCCUCAUGCAAAUCCCCUACGGAGCCUUCAUAGCCCUCAUGAUCCUCUUCAGCAUCUGGCUGAAUGACCGCCUCCCUCAGAACAACCGCUGCUACGUGACGAUGCUAUUCCUCCUCCCCAACCUCGCCGGCUCCUUCGGGCUCUGCUACCUCCCCGAAUCAAACAAAGUCGGUCGGCUCAUCUGUUACUAUCUCACCGGGUCCUAUAACGCAUCUUUCGUGCUCAUCCUCUCCAUCCUCACGGCCAACAUCGCCGGCCACACGAAGAAAGUCGUCACGAACGCGAUGAUCUUCAUUGGUGUUUGUGCUGGGAACAUUGCCGGCCCGUUCUUUUAUAAAGAGGCGCAGGCGCCGCGGUAUCCGCUAGGCAUAUGGUCGAUGAUUGUGUCUCAUUUUGUGGAGAUCUUACUGGUGAUUGUGUUGCGGACGGCGCUGGCCUGGGAGAAUCGGAGACGAGAUCGGUUGCAGGGGAUUGGGCCUAGUGGGGAGGGCGAGGAAGCGAGGCAGUGGGAGAUGGAUCGGACGGCGUUUAGUGAUUUGACGGAUAAGGAGAAUUUGAAUUUUCGAUAUGUUUACUAG